GUGGGUUGUACCCGUGCAUGUGAUGGUGGGCGUCAGCUGUGGCCUCUGUCACUCGCAGCUAGAGACCAGCAAGACCUACACUGUUGCAGCCGCCUGCUGGUAAGGAACUUCUCCCGGAAACUUCUCUGCAGAUUCAUGUGUCACGUUAGACUGGCAUUGCUAUUUGCAUGGCAUCGUCAUGGUGGCAUUUGCUUUAAUGGCUGUAAAAUAUGUUGACAUGAAGGUAGAAUUAUAUGUGUGUGUAACUGUGUAUUUAAGUUUGGUGUGUAUAACUUACCACUAAGUCCGAAGGUUUUACCAAGAUCAUGCUUUUUAUUAUCUGUUUAUUUAUGUGUAUUACUUUUAUCAUUUUACUUUCAAUCAGUGCGAAAAUUCUAAGCAAUCAGCCAUAGGCAUAAAAUCCAUAUUUCCCCAUGUUGUUCUUGCCUGUUUGGAAACUGCACUAGUUACCACACAGUAGCAGGGCUGAUAUUUUUGGAAGCCUGGUAAUCUUAGAUUCUAUAUAUAGCCAAGCAUUAUAUAUUCUUGACUCUCUGCUCAAAUUCUAACUUACUUGCAGAUAUUUGCAAAACUUUGCUGACUAUAUGUCUACUUCUAAACUAAUGUUUACUCAUUACAUCAGGUUCUUAUGAAUAAAAUAAUUAUUAAUAAUGUACAAUGUUUUAAUGUCGUCUAAAAGCAAUGCAGUUGAAUCUGAUUUUAUGGAAAAAAUAAUUGUAUGAAAAUACUUUUGAAUGGGAAUCAAUAAUUGUGUAUCAGUGAAGGUAUGGUAUUUGAAGUCAUAUUGUAUAAUAAUUUAUGCCUUGUAACCACUCUGUUACAUCGCAAAAGAUUUAUAAAGUGAAACAUUUUGUUCAGGUGUUAAAAAGAAACCUAGAAAAAAAUGUAACUCAGGUUUGGUUUACCUCAGCAAUAUCGUUGUCCCAACAUAUCUAUGCAGAAAUAAAUAAUCUUAUAAAAUUUACAGAGGCCUUAGUUGUUUAUUUCACCCCUGUGGGCUGGGAAGUUGAAAAAGUCUGACUUUUUCAAACUUUUUUGAAGAAAAAUUUGUUGUAAAUUGUAUAUUACAUUUUCAAGCAAUCGGAAGAAUGUCACUAUGGUUACGAGAGGCUAGAUAGAAGCACUGAGCACAAAAUUAUGUUAGUGAUCUUACACUUGGCUCUCCAUCCCACUUAUUUCAUUUAAAACAACUGUAUUAAGUCUCUUUUUCCUUAGGAAUGGCUUCCUCUAGCAGUCUCUUGUCUGAGGAGCAAUGCCAUUGCUCCAUCUGCCUGGAUGUGUUUACAAAUCCCGUCUCUCUCCCGUGUGGGCACAACUUCUGCAUGACCUGCAUCAGGAGCUACUGGCAGACCAGUGCAAUCUACCAGUGCCCUAUGUGUAAGAAGACCUUCUACAAGCAGCCUGAUAUCAGCAUUAAUACAGUCCUUAAGGAGAUAGCUGAGCAGUUCAAAGACAUGCGAGCCAGCGCCUCUGGGGCACGACAGUCUGAGGAACCUUCGGAGCAGGUGGGCCAGUCAGGUGAGGUGUCCUGCGAUGUGUGUACCGGAGAGAAAAUGAAGGCCGUCAAGUCCUGCUUGGUCUGCCUGACCUCCUACUGCGACGAGCACAUCAGGACCCACAACGGCAGGUUCACCAAGCACAAGCUGGUCGAGCCGGUUAAGAAUCUGGAGGACAGGAUGUGUAAGAAGCAUGAAAGGCUCCUGGAGCUGUUCUGCAAGAGAGACCAGACUUGUGUUUGUGUGCUUUGCACUGAAACCAAUCACAGGGCCCACUACACCGUGCCUGUGGAGAGGGAGUGGACCGAGAAAAGGGCCCAGCUGAAGAAGACUGAAGUAGAAGUUCAACAGAUGAUCCACGAGAGACUGAAGAAAAUGGAUGAGAUUCAGCAGUCAGUAGAGCUCAGCAAGUGCAGUGCCCAAACGGAAAUUGAGGAAUGUGUGCAGGUCUUCACCAAUCUAAUACGCGUCAUUCAACAAACCCAAGCGGAACUCAUCGGAAUGAUGGAGGAGAAGCAGAAGGCAACAGAGAGGCGAGCUGAAGGCCUCAUUAAAGAUCUGGAGAUCGAGAUUGCAGAGCUACAGACGAGAAACACUGAGCUGAAACGGCUCUCUCAGACUGAUGACCACAUCCAUUUCCUACAGAGCUUCCCCUUACUGUGCACUCCUCCUCACACCAAGAACUGGUCAGAUGUCACUGUUUACACUGACCUGCCUGCGGGUACCAUAAGAAGAGCCUUAUCUAGACUCGGGGAGACGCUCAGCGAAGAAAUGGAGAAAUUGGCAGAUACAGAGCUAAAGAAGAUACAGAAGUACACUGCCGAUGUAACUUUCAACCCCAAAACUGCAAACCCCUGGCUCCUGCUGUCAGACGAUGGCAAACAAUUGAAACAUGGGGGCACGUGGCAGGACCUCCCAAACGAGCAAGAGCGCUUCGACACAGUGGUCAUUGUGCUGGGGACGGAGGGGCUGACGUCGGGGAGGCACUACUGGGAGGUACAGGUGGGAGAGAAGGACGACUGGUACCUGGGAGUGGCUCGGGCGUCUGUGAAGAGGAAGGGGCGGAUCGCUGUCAGCAUAGCGCAUGGGUACUGGGCCCUGGCUAUGAAGAAGAACCAGGAAUACCGGGUCUCAUCCACACCUCCCAUUGUCCUUACCCUGGACUCCAAACCAAGGAAAGUGGGUGUCUAUGUGGAUUACGAAGAAGGUCAGAUUUCCUUCUACAAUGUCAAAGCCAGAUCCCAUAUCUACACCUUCAUGGACGUUUUCACUGAAAAGCUGUUUCCAUUCUUUUACCUCUACUGCUGUGAUAAAGCAUCUGACACAAUGGUAAUCUGCUCAGGGAAAUGAGCAGCACGUAGAAAUGCUUGAGGACUGAAAAGACCGACAAUACCUGCUUGGACUGACUACUUAAUUUUCUGGAAAAAUGAACAGUCAAAGUAAAUGACCCGCAUUAAAAUAUUUACAUCUAAAAUACUGUAGUGCUUUAUAUGUGCUUUAAGCACCUGUGUCUAAUUUUAGGAUUAUCCCAAAAUGAUUGCAUGCAAUGUUAAUGCAGGCAGAAGCAGGGCUGGCCCAACCCUUCUUGGGGCCCUAAGGAAAAUUUGAUUAACUAGGUUGUCAUGUGUCAUCUUCCUUCCCAUUCUGACAGGUUAAUCAAAUGUUUUGUUUGUGCCUUGGGCCGGCCCUAGGCAGAAUUCUUCCGUUUAGGGGAUGAACAAGUCUAUUUUAAAAAUCUAUUCAUGAAAAAGUCUGUAUUAAAAAGAUAAAUCAUU